AUGGAGGAGCAGCGGGCGCUCACGGCCGCCAAGAACGGGGACCUGGCCACCCUGGAGCAGCUGCUAGAGGCUGGCGCCCUGGGCCCGGGCAUCACCGAUGCCCUGGGGGCCGGCCUGGUGCACCACGCCACCCGGGCCGGCCACCUGGCCUGUGUCAAGUUCCUGGUGCAGCAGGCCAAGCUGCCGGGCAACCAGCGGGCCCACAACGGGGCCACGCCGGUGCACGACGCCGCCGCCACGGGCAGCCUGGCCGAGCUGUGCUGGUUGGUGCGAGAGGGCGGCUGCGGUCUGCAGGACCAAGAUGCCUCGGGCGUCUCCCCACUGCACCUGGCCGCCCGCUUUGGACACCCAGUGCUGGUGGAGUGGCUGCUCCGAGAGGGCCAUGCGGCCACACUGGAGACGCUGGAGGGGGCCUUGCCGCUGCACCACGCUGCCGUCAGUGGGGACCUGACCUGCCUGAAGCUCCUGAUGGCCGCCCACGGCAGUGGCGUGAACCGGCGAACCCGCAGCGGCGCCUUCCCACUCUACCUGGCCUGCCAGGAGGGCCACCUGCACCUGGCCCAGUUCCUGGUGAAGGACUGCGGCGCCGACGUGCACCUGCGCGCCCUCGACGGCAUGAGCGCCCUGCACGCCGCUGCCGACCGCGGCCACUACUCCCUCGUCGUCUGGCUGGUCACCUUCACAGACAUUGGUCUGACGGCACGGGAUAACGAGGGGGCCACAGCCCUCCACUUUGCUGCUCGUGGUGGCCACACGCCCAUUCUGGACCGGCUCCUGCUGAUGGGUGCACCCAUCAUGAGAGACUCCUGGGGGGGCACCCCACUGCAUGACGCAGCAGAGAAUGGGCAGAUGGAGUGCUGCCAGACCCUGGUCUCCCACCACGUGGACCCCUCCCUGCGGGAUGAAGAUGGUUACACGGCGGCAGACCUGGCAGAAUACCACGGACACCAGGACUGCGCCCAGUACCUGCGGGAGACGGCCCAGCCGGUGCCACUCCUGAUGACGCCCCCGCCCCCACCCUUCCCCCCUCCUCCGCUGUCGGCGGCGAGGCUCUCCCCAGAGGAUGGAAGAAGAGGGGGCUCAGGUCUCGGGAGCCCCACCUCAGCUCUCAGCCCGGCCUGGCCCAGCCAGCCUGACCAGCCUCUUCCGAGGGAGCGGACGACCUGCACAGCCCCCCCGAGGGUCACCACCAGCACCACGGCUGUCCUCAUGGGUGCGGAAACGCCGGCGGGGGAUGCCCCAGACGGCCUGGCUGCGCUGCAGCUGGACGGGCUGCCCUCGGGCGACCUCGACGGCCUGGUGCCCACGCGGGACGAGCGCGGCCAGCCCAUCCCCGAGUGGAAGCGGCAGGUGAUGGUGCGCAAGCUGCAGGCACGCUUGGGCGCGGACCCGGAGGAGCCGGAGGCCCAGGACGACAGCGGGAGCGUGGGCCCUGCGGAGCAGGCGGCCUGGCGGUACUCGCAGACCCACCAGGCCAUCCUGGGCCCCUUCGGGGAGCUGCUGACCGAGGACGACCUGGUGUACCUGGAGAAGCAGAUCGCUGACCUGCAGCUGCGGCGCCGCUGCCAGGAAUACGAGAGCGAGCUGGGCCGGCUGGCGGCCGAGCUCCAGGCCCUGCUGCCCACGCCCCUGGUCAGCAUCACGGUCAACAGCCACUUCCUGCCCCGGGCGCCCGGGCUGGAGGGCGAGGAGGGCCCUGCCCUGGUGGCCGAGCCCAAGGGCUCCUCGGGGGCCUUGGAGGCCGCGCCCGACGGGCAGCCUCUGCCCUUCUGGUGCAGCCACAUCGCCAGGCUGGUGCGCAGCAUGUCCCUGCUGCUGAAGGGCAUGAACGGGCUGGUGCAGGGCGAGGAGAAGCCAGCCGCCCAGCCCCAGCAAGAGGCCCCCAGGGAGACCCCGGCCAGCCCCCCACGCAGCGCGGCCCAGCGCGAGAUCCAGGAGUGUGGGGUAUCCGUGAGGACGCUGCGUGGCAACUUCGAGUCAGCCCCCAACCCACCCUGCACCCCAAACCCGGGCACCAGUGAACCAGGGGCCCGGCCCGGGCAGUGCCUGAGGGGCUGCUGGCCCGCCCCUCUGCAGCCCCGAGGCGAGGCCAGGCCGGGCGACGCAGAGGAGGCCAGCGACUCGGGCAUCAGCUGCGAGGAGGCGCCGUUGGAGGCGGGCACCGUGCCCAGCCCCGAUCUGGCCAACCUGCGCAAGGAGCGCAUCGUCAUGCUGUUCCUGAGCCACUGGAAGAAGUCGGCCUACACACCGGCCCUCAAGACGGCUGCCUGCAGGACCCUGGAGGCCCACCGCACCGGGCCGAGGGGGCAGGAGGCGGCCAGGGGCCCCCGGCUGCCCUCUCUGCCGCCCAGCGAGGGGCCCCGGCUCGGCCACCUGUGGCAGCAACGGAGCAUCAUUGCCCACCUGCUGGGCAACUGGAAGGCCAUCCUGGCACACGUGCCGGCCCGGCAGCUGCGGCGGCUGAGCCGGCAGCCCCGCGGCCCCCUGUCCCCCGAGCAGUUCCUGCCCCACGUGGACGGGGCGCCCGUGCCCUACGGCAGCCUCACGCUGGACCUCUUCAUGCUGGGCUACUUCCAGCUCCUGGAGUGCGACCUGCCGGCCGCGGAGCGCAAGAUGCGCCACCUGCUCUGCUUCGAGGUCUUCGAGCACCUGGGCGCCCACGGCUGGGAGGCCGUGCGUGCCUUCCACAAGGCCGUCACCGACGAGGUGGCCGCCGGCCGCCGGGCCUGGACCGACGGCUUCGAGGACAUCAAAGCCCGCUUCUUUGGCUCCAGCCGCGGUCCCGCCUGGGACGUAGAGCCUGGCCGCAAGUCAGGCCUGACCCCGCUCGGGCCCCUGCCCCACGCUGCUGUCCCCGGCAGCAGCCUCAAGCCCGCGGCACAGCGCCUGGGGUCCGGCUCCCAGCGGGGCAGCUUCAGCAACGAGGACAUCUGCGGCUACAUCGACCGGAGCUUCGCCUUCUGGAAGGAAAAAGAAGCCGAGAUGUUCAGCUUUGGAGAGUGAGACGGGCUGGCGGCCUGCCUUCCUCUGGAAUGGGGUUUUGGGGGUGGUUUUGGUUUUCUCUUCUCUUUUCCUUUUUCGCCCACCUGGUG